AUAAGCUUUUAAACUAGGUGUGUAGUUAUAAAUUGAAGACCUGAACAACUCCCACUGACUGGAGCCAAGCGGAUCAUCUCAGAAAGAAGCGGUGCGGAUUCAGAGAGAUUCCUUCGUGCGUGUUUCUCCGUCUAUGAAGCUGUGGAUGGCUGGUUAACCACACAGAAAAACACUUCAGCCUCUCCAGUCACUCAGAUGUGCGCUCUUUGAAUGCGAUAAAGCGGAUAUUUUACUCACUUUUUUCUAUCAUUACUGGAGUCACAGAGAAGAGCUACAAGAUGAAAUACAAAAACCUGAUGGCCAAAGCGUUGUACGACAACAUGCCGGAGUCCCCUGAGGAGCUGGCCUUCCGCAAAGGGGACAUCCUGACUGUCAUUGAGCAGAACACAGGAGGCCUGGAGGGCUGGUGGCUCUGCUCCCUGCACGGCCGCCAAGGCAUCGCGCCUGGCAACCGCCUGAAGCUGCUGAUCGGACCCAUGUUCGAGGCCCAGUCACCGGCCGCCGCUGCCCAGUCCCCCCCUCAGAGCUCGGCCUAUCAGCAGAAGCCUGGUUCAGGGGGGGCGCAGGGCAUCUACCAGGUGCCACCGUCCCUCCAGAGUCCACAGCAGCAGUGUCAGCAGGGCAUCUACCAGGUUCCUCCGGGACAAGAUAUCUACCAAGUCCCACCAAGGAGUACUCUAGCUGCUGAUAACACCCCGAGCAAGGUGGUGACCCCGACCAGAGUGGGACAGAGCUACACCUUCAGCUCAGGCCAGCACAACCAGCAGGACCUCUAUGAUGUCCCACCCAGCAGAUCACAGGGGGUGUACGAUAUUCCACCUGGUCAGAUGUUUCCUGCUGCCAGAAACCAAGGAGUUUACGAUGUCCCUCCAUCUCAAAUGGACCCAAGGACCCAAGGCGUUUACGACAUACCGCCCUCCUCACAAGAGGUCUACUCGGUACCUCCCUGCAGGACUAACACCAACCUCCAGGAGGGAAACUACGACUUCCCGCAGCCUCUCAAACACAAACAGGAAGGCAUCUACGACGUGCCGCCGCCCGCUCUCACCAAACCCACGCAGAGCCCGCAGUCACAUUAUGACUUCCCCCCGACUGUGGAGGCUCCGGUUCAUCACCAACACUCAAACACCAACGAAGGUAUUUACGACGUACCUCCACCCGCGCUUCAUUCGGGGGCGGGGUCUCAGAGAGACAUAUACGACAUCCCCCGGGGCAUGCAGCCGUCCCAGCACAGAACCUCACCCGCCGACAGAGACGGAAGCAAAGGCAUCUACGACAUCCCCGCUCACGAUGCUCGUGCAGUGGCAGACAUGACGGACGGCGUGAACCGCCUGUCAUUCUCCAGCACCGGCAGCACGCGCAGCAGCAUGUCCACCUCCUCGUCCUCCACGGGCUCCAGCACCGAGGGCCGCCUCACUCUGGACGUAGAUGCGGCUGUGCAGAGGUUGUCCCGCCUGCAGCAGCAGGUGGAGGCCUCAGUCGGUGCUUUACAUUCAAUGGCAGCUUCCCCUCACUGGAGGACUUUUCCCUUCAUGGAGCGCCACGCUAACGACGUCCGCACCGUGCUGGACAGGGUCCGAGCUGCUCUGGGGGACUUUGUUGUGUUCGGUAGAGGAGCUGCAGCGAAUGCCACCGCUCUGUCAGACUCCAGCCUGCACAGUAAGCUGAGGCGGCAGCUGGGACGCCUGGAGGACUCGCAGCAGAUCCUCCUGCAGAUCUACCAGGUCCUGGAGAGCUGCAGCUGGGCUCUGAACGCCCUUGCGUCCUCCGGCAAGCACCACAACAAGACCGACGACCUGGAUCGCUUCGUCAUGGUCUCCAGGACUGUUCCCGACGACGCCAAGCAGCUGGCCUCCACGAUAGGCAGCAGUGCUGAGCUGCUGUUCAGGCGGACGCACAUGGAUGGGUCUUUCUCCAUCGGGAGCACACCUGAUGAGAACCUGAUCCACCCGCUCACCUCUCCCUCCUCCGAUAACGACAACUACGGAGGUCAGACCAAGCCCUUCCCCGUGCCGUCCAGCCAAGACAAAGACAACAUGAACAACAGCGAGAAGUGUGUGAAGAGCUGGAUGGAAGACUACGACUACGUUCAUCUGCAGGGCAAAGAAGACUUUGAACGACAGCAGAAGGAGCUGUUGGACAAAGAGAACAUUAUUAAGCAGAGUCAGGUCCAGCUGGGACAGGAACAGAUCAAUCAGUUCAAGAAGCUGGAGCAGGACGUGAUCAAACCGGUGGAGAACGACGUCACACAGUGGAUCUCAGCCUCCCCCUCGGACUCCUCCUCCGUCCUCUCCCCGUCCACCCACGUGUGCUCUCGGGACCGCCAGCUGCUCGGCUUCUACUCGGAGCAGUGCGAGCAGCACUUUGUGACGCUCCUCAGUGCCGUGGACGCCUUCUUUGGCUGCGUCAGCGCCGGGCAGCCCCCUCGCAUCUUUGUGGCUCACAGCAAGUUCGUCAUCCUCAGCGCCCACAAACUGGUCUUCAUCGGAGACACGCUGUCCAGGCAGGCCACGGCGCCUGAGGUGGCCAACAGGGUCAUGAAUUCCAGUAACGUGUUGUGUGACUUGUUAAAGACGGUGGUGGCUGCGACGAAAACUGCCGCCCUGAACUACCCCAACACCGCCGCCAUCCAGGAGAUGGUGGACAGAGUCACUGAUCUCUCACAUCACUCUCAGCAGUUCAAAGAACAGCUGCUGCAACUGGCAAAUUUGUGAUUUCUAACCAGUAAAAAGACUCCACAUGUAUAUUAAUCUAGCAUAAAUAUAUAUAUUUACAGUAUAUAUAUACAUAUAUAUAUAUAUUGCUCUUCAUCUUUAAGUUUUGGAUGUUGUAAAUAAGCUCCGUUCUGUAAAUAUUUGCUCUAUUUUUGUGUAGAUUGUUUUAUAUUAUGGUAUGAAUAUAUAUGUAGAUGCAGUAUUGGUGUCUCUGUAGGUUUACUGUAUGUAGACAUUUUUCAUAACAUUCCCGUCGCAUAUAAUGAAGCACCUUAUGAGAUGUCCUGUGUUUUUGUUUUUUUUCCGCCUGUAGAGUGUCGUUGAUGUGUCUUACUGCUGGGUGUGACAGUAAAUCUCCUUGUAAAUCACGUUAAUGUCGAUAUAUAUGUGUGUGCGUGUGUGUGUGUGGAGCGUUCCACAAAGUAAAGGAUUGUUCUUAA